CCUCAUUCUCUUCUUCGCGAGCAUCCACCUCCCUCUCUCUCGGCUCCUCUCCCGCAAAUCCCUUCACUAGGGAAGUGUGGAGUUGGGUGAACUCGGAAUCGCGAAACGUCUGCAGAAGAAGAAGCAGCAGCUUAGUAGUGAGAGCGGAGAUGUUUGGGCAGCUUACUAGCGGCCUCGAGACCGCAUGGAACAAACUCAGGGGUGUAGAUGUUUUGACAAAGGAGAAUGUUGCCGAACCAAUGCGAGAUAUCCGGAGAGCUCUUCUGGAAGCUGAUGUGAGCUUGCCAGUGGUAAGAAGAUUUGUACAAUCUGUUAGCGAACAGGCUGUCGGCACUGGCCUGAUCCGAGGAGUGCGGCCUGACCAACAGUUAGUGAAGAUUGUGCACGACGAACUUGUGAAACUAAUGGGUCGAGAAGUGUCUGACUUAGUUUUCUCCAAGUCCGGCCCCACUGUAUUCUUAUUAGCUGGUCUACAAGGCGUUGGGAAGACUACAGUUUGUGCAAAGCUUGCCUUUUAUCUUAAGAAACUGGGGAAGAGCUGCAUGCUGGUUGCUGCCGAUGUGUAUAGGCCUGCUGCUAUUGACCAACUCAAAAUUUUGGGUGACCAGGUUGGUGUGCCGGUUUAUGCUGAAGGAACUGGAAUAAGGCCUUCAGAAAUUGCGAAGUGUGGUCUGGAAGAGGCCAAAAAGAAGAAAAUUGAUGUUAUUAUUGUGGAUACUGCUGGAAGACUGCAGAUUGAUAAAACAAUGAUGGAUGAAUUAAAAGAAGUAAAGCAGGCUGUGAAUCCUACAGAAGUUUUGCUUGUGGUGGAUGCAAUGACUGGCCAAGAAGCUGCAGCACUGGUCACAACGUUCAAUAUUGAGAUUGGUAUCACUGGUGCUAUACUGACAAAGUUAGAUGGUGACUCUAGAGGUGGAGCAGCUCUGAGUGUUAAAGAGGUGUCUGGAAAGCCAAUUAAGCUUGUUGGGCGGGGGGAACGCAUGGAGGACCUUGAACCUUUCUAUCCUGAUCGGAUGGCCGGCCGUAUAUUAGGAAUGGGAGAUGUUCUUUCUUUUGUGGAGAAAGCACAAGAAGUCAUGCGUCAAGAAGAUGCUGAGGAACUACAGAAGAAGAUCAUGAGUGCCAAGUUCGACUUCAAUGAUUUCUUGAAGCAAACACGAGCUGUUGCACAAAUGGGCUCUAUGAGCCGUGUGAUUGGAAUGAUCCCAGGCAUGGGCAAGAUUACUCCAGCACAAAUUCGUGAAGCGGAGAAAAGUUUGAAAAUUAUGGAAUCUAUGAUUAACGUGAUGACACCUGAGGAAAGAGAAAAACCAGAAUUAUUAACUGAAUCGCCUGAGAGGAGGAGAAUUGCGAGCGAGUCUGGAAAGACAGAGCAACAGGUGAGCCAACUCAUCGCUCAACUUUUCCAAAUGCGUGUACGAAUGAAGAAUCUGUUGGGAGUGAUGGAAGGAGGAUCCAUUCCAGCAUUGAGCAAUCUCGAGGAGUCGCUUAAAGCUGAGCAAAAGGCACCUCCUUAUACUGCUAGGCGGAAGAGGAGAUCGGAGCCCCGGAGGCAAUUCGCCGAUUCAGCAUCAGCAAGGCCAAGCCCACUCGGUUUUGGAGCGAAGAAUUGAGCAGAAUUUGUGUUUCUGGUAGGCAAUUUGCAGACAAUAUCAGCGAGGCCAAGCCCGUGUGGUUUAGGAGCAAAGAGUUUGACGGAAUUUCUUUGCUUGCAGUCUUGCAAGAAAUUACUUGCAUGCUUUGCUGUAGGCUGUCUUUAUUUUCUCCUCUCUUUACGAGUGUUGCAAGUUAAUUCGAAGAAUGCUUUGGAGGGUGGGGAGUUCUUUUUUAAUGAAAAGUAUCCAACAACUCAAGGUGUAAUAGAGCAAAUCUUCAUGUAUUGGUUGACAAAUCUGUAUUAUUUUGGUAUAAUGUUUCAGAGGAAAAUGUAUGGUUAGGUUCCAUUUUGUCAGUAA